GUCCAUAGCUUGUUUCACGCUCCUCUUUCCCAUUGUAGAGGCGCCGCCGUUACCAUUUCUAGCUAUCAUCAGUUCUCUCGCCAAUAUCCUUGUGUUGUGUUGUUGUGCUCCUGACACUGCAACAGCGGCUACCUGAGCUCAACUGUUACCUUGAUGGAGAAGACCACGUCGUCGUGGUUCCAUGUGCAAGCGGCAGCGGCGGCGGCCUCGCCGGAUCUGUCGCUGACGAUGUCCCCAGCGGACAGCAGCCAAGACCGGAACGAGGAGGUGGCACCGACGGCGCGCGUGGACGGCAGGACGGUGCGGCUGUUCCAGUGCCUCUUCUGCGACAAGACGUUCCUCAAGUCGCAGGCGCUCGGCGGCCACCAGAACGCCCACCGCAAGGACCGCCUCGCCGGAUUCCUCUGCGACCCCUACAACAAGGACAGCCCAUUCGGGGGCGCCGCCGUCGAGGGGACUUCCACCGGGACGACCUGCGAUUCAAGCGCCGGCCGGUCCAUGUGCACUUCCGUGGUCUCGCACGGUGGUGGCGUGGACGCGGCGCCAGCCUCCCAUGCCUGCAAGCCAGAGAGGUGGGGGCGAGCCGGUGGCGCUCCACGCUUGGCGGAGCACACGCUGCUCCAGGACCCGUUCCCUGGCCGCGACGGCGUGGCGGGCUGGUCAAGGGCCUCCGAUGCAAGUGGCGCCGGCGAGGCUCUGGACCUGGAGCUGCGCCUCUAGCCAGGCUGCUCUCAUAUUGCGCAGUGUCCUAAUUAAAGCAAGACUUGAGGAGUUUCCGUCUGGAAGCUGAAGAUGCUGCUUAGUAAUCCGAGGCCUUGGCUAUUUUGUAUGAAUAGCCAGUUAAUCCAAGGAAGACUUGAGGAGUCCGGACGCUGAAGAUGGCGAGACGACAUGAAUAUAUGCAUGGGUAUGCCUGCAGCUACGCAAGGAUUGCAAACUCAAAAAGAAUUCGGAUUGUUGGAAGAAAACUGUCUUUAGGUUGUCUUUCUGUACCGUAAUAAGCAGUAGAUGAAUACUGCUUUAUUGGUCGUUUC